CACUAAACUUUCACGAUGUUUUGAUUUUUAAUCUAUAAUAAUUUAAUGUGGAGAAGGAGGAAUGCUACAACGUUGUUAUGUCAGUCAUCAGUCAUAAAUAUAUGAUUUGUUUCUCUCUGUUUAUUCAGUAAUAUAACGUCAAUAAAUAACAGUAGUGAUUAUAAGACUAGAAACCGAAAGUGGAAGAUGGUACAAAUGAAAAUUAACUCGUGACGAUUGCCAGUGUUUAAAUAAUAAAAAUUUAUAUCUAACUUACUGUUUAUUCAGAUUAUAUAGGGAAACAUGGCCGGAGUUUUGACAGAAAAACAUUAUAAUCCACUCCAGUCUUUUCUGUUGUCAUCAUGGAAUAACACUAUUGGUCCACAAAUAUUAGUUAGAUGGAAGCCAAAAGUAGUUUCUUCGAAUGAAAUUGUUAAUAAAAUUAAAGAAGAAAAUGUUGAAGUGUCACAUAAAGAUCCUACAUUAAAUAAAGAAUUCAAAUCUGGUAUUGAAGAUUCAGUGGAAAAAUCAUAUAUAAAUGAUAGUAAUAUUAGCUCAUUAAAUCAAAAGAGAGAUUUAAAUCAGUUAAAUCAAUUAGACAGUAUAGAAAAUAGACAAUUAGAUAUCUUAGAAGAAAUUAUUUUUUUAGAUGACCAAAAUGAUAACUGUCUAUGCAGUCAAGAUAUUACAUUUAAAGCUGUUGGGCAGUUAUUAUUAGGAGAACUAGAAAAUUAUCCAGCAUUACUCGGUUCCUACAGUAGGAUGUAUUUAUUAUCAGAAAAAAAUAUUAUUAUAAUAACUAAUCUAUUUCAGUUAAAUAAUUGUAUAGAUUUAAAUGGUAAAUCAGUUGAUAAUCUUCGUUUGAGUUUAUCAGCCAUAUUUAAAUAUGAAGAUAAAGAAUUUAUUUUAAAUAUUUAUUCAAUAAUUGAUUUAAUGCUUAGAAGACAAGUUUCUAUUUUGCAAGCAUAUAAGGUUCUCUCACUUGAUAUUAUUAAUUGUAUCACUAUGCAUUUAAAUAAUAACUACAAUACAAUAUCUGACUUAUAUAAUUUUUCUCUAAAACAUCAGUUAUCAUUAUCGGAAACAUAUUUUGAAGAUAAAUCCAUUAGUGACCUAAAAUUUUUUGAAAGAUGUUUAGCAUCUCAUUUUCAAAGUUGCAGUUAA